AUGAAGGUUCUUUACGGGCUUCUAUUGCCCCUUCUGGCAUCUGCCCUUCCUGCUGGCUCCCCAGUGGUCGAUCUAGGAUAUUCAACCUAUCGAGGCGUGAGGCUUUCCGCAGGAAUAGAGCAAUAUGUUGGCAUGCGUUUCGCUGCUCCACCACUAGGAGAACUGAGAUUCCGUGCUCCUAGAGACCCAGUCCAGGAAUCGUCUAUACAAAAUGCAUUCACUUUCGGGCCAUCUUGUCUCGGCGUCAAACAGGAGGUCUCUGCUGAGAAAUCAGAAGAUUGUCUAUAUAUUAAUGUGUUCGCUCCGGCGAACGCCACAAACCUACCUGUUUGGGUAUACAUCGAGGGUGGAGGGUACGCAACCAAUUUCGAUCCCAACUACAAUGGCACCAACGUGAUCCGCGAAUCUGGCCACAACAUCAUCUUCGUCAACUUCAAUUACCGCGUCGGAGCCCUCGGCUUUCUGGCUAGCGAGGAGGUCCGUCGUGAUGGUGAUUUGAACGCAGGUCUCUUGGAUCAACGAAAAGCGUUGCGCUGGGUACGGCAACAUAUCCGCAAGUUCGGUGGAAACCCAGACCACGUCGUAAUCCAAGGAGCAUCCGCGGGCGGUGGCUCUGUAGCCCACCAUCUCACCGCAUACGGAGGCCGCGACGACGGACUGUUCGUCGGUGCAGUCGCCGAGAGUCCUUUCUGGCCUGCCCAGCCCACCGUGGCGGAGGCUGAAUCCCAAUUCGACCGGUUCGCCAAUGAAACCGGAUGCUCAGAUUCUCCGAACAUUCUUUCCUGUCUCCGGUCUCUCGACAUCUCCACCCUGGAACAGGCGAACGUGCUACAUCCUCUUCCUGGUGCUUCCGACGAACCCCUACCACUAUGGUACUGGCUACCAGUCGUAGACGGGGACAUCAUUCCAGACAGUCUGUACAAUCUCUUCGAUGGCGAUAAAUAUCUCAAAGUGCCGCUGUUAGUGGGAAGUAACACCGACGACGGGUCUGAAUUCGCAUACAAUGCUUCCACCCCAGCCGAAGUCUCCGCGUUCAUCAAUAGUAACUAUCCCCGUCUCUCGCCCGAUCAAUUGAAGGCGAUUAACGAGGCCUACCCUCGAGAAGAGCCCAUGCCGCAACACGCAGCAUACUUCCCCUCUGCGUCGGCGGCCUACGGCGACGCUGCAUUCACCUGUCCCGCUACGUUCAUGGCGGACGCCAUGAUGCGAUCCACCGGCCAGGUGUGGGAAUACCUGUUCAACCUGCAUGAUCCGGCCAUGGAUGCCAUGGGGCUAGGCGUGCGACAUAUGCUGGAGACCGAGGCCAUUUUCGGCGUCGGAUACGGGGGCGUGCAUUACGAGGCGUACACUGCUGAGAAUGCGGCCAUCGUGCCGGUGAUGAUGGAUUAUUUUAUUAGUUUUGUGAGAGCGUUGGAUCCGAAUGUGUUUCGGGAGACAGGGACGCCGGAGUGGAAGGAGUGGGGACAGGGAGAGCAACUCGUUUUGCAGCAUGAGACGGAGAUGGGGAAGGUGUCGCGGGAAACGAGGGAUCGGUGCGGUUUGUGGAGGUCACUGGGCUCCGUGAUGGAGGUCUAG